ACUCACCGCUAUGAAAACCUGAAGUCCUACUUAUUAACUUUGUUCUUCCAGUAUCGCAUGUAGAUUACACUUCAAAUUGCAAUGUGACAAUACUUAUUUGACAGAUAACAUGAAAUUAAAAGGCCAUAACAUUACCGAAUCCCUCAGUGAACUUAUGUAAAUAAAAGUAGUUCUUGUGAAUCGUGGCAAGAUGUCCCCAAGUAUGCUGUCAACUUGCAGAGUUACAAGGUUAUGUUGUUCGUCGAGAGAUGAUUGCGUGGUCUAUGUUUAAGGGAAAAGAAUGAGUUUAUGCUAUGUUUUAUAACAUACCACCGACAUGGCACAGAAAAUAACAGGAUCUUACGAUGUUAUACUGAAAGUUGGUGAUUCCACUUUUCCUUGUCGUCGAAGACUACUGGCAGAAUAUAGCCCGUACUUUCAGGCUAUGUUCGGAAACAAUUUCAUUGAAAGGGAGAAAACUACUAUCGAAAUAAAGGGUGUGGAUGCUGAAGCAAUGGCAGUUCUACUUCAGUCAGUUAACAGAAAGAAGGUAGAUAUCUUGAAAUCAAAUGAUAUACUGUCAGUUCUUCAAGCUUCAAGUAUGCUUCAAUUUGAAUCCAUUCAGAAAAUAUGUGUUGAGAUGAUUGUUCACCAGUGGCUUACUAUAUUAACUUGCCUCCAAACAAUGGUAACUGCUGAAGAACUAGAUCUAAUUACACUGUAUCACAAGGCUCAAGCAUUGGCACUGUGGGAGUUUUCACAUGUAAGAGAAACUGAUGCUUUCCUUGAACUCCCAGUUGGCUACUUACAGAAAUAUCUUGGAAAUGAUGGACUGAACACUACAGAAGGAGAAUUUGAAGUGUUUGAAGCAGGGCUUUGUUGGUUACAAGACAAACUGGAAGAAAGAAAAGAAUGUGUUCUCAGGAUUUUAGACUGUAUUCGGUUUGCUGAUAUUCCAUUGUCAGAUAUUAAAACAAUGCUUCUGUACCCCAUUAUUAGUGAGAACACAGACUAUGUACAGAUUUUACAAUGUAUCAUAUGUAUCAAGGAAGGAAAAAAUCCAGAAGAAAUGUUCUGUAUUGCUGAAUCUGAAGCUCAAACUUCAAGAGAUUCUCUUGAUGCAGAUGGAAAGAUAUUACUUGAUAAAGAAGAGGAUUCCAUGUCAAAGCAAAAGAAAGCCGAACAGUGCAAGUGUUCAUCCAAGAAACCUAAAGUUCAGUUGUAUGACGAAAGAGUUAAAGUCCUCAACAACUGUUGCUUUUGUCGUAUUUCCGUAGAGGAAGCCAUAACUCCUGUCUGCGACAGUGAAUUAGCAGUAGAAACAAGUAUUGCGAUGGACGAUAUCCAUGAUAAGGAUCAUGUUCAAUUCAGUACUGGAACAAUUGCAAUUGCAAGACGAUUACUUUCAACACCAUCACGAGCAUUACCACUGUUUCCAUGCAUAGUUGGCCAUAAAAGGGAUCGAACAGGCUUCCGACAAAGAGAUUCAAAUGAUGAAAUUGGAUGUGAGAAAGUUACAGUCGAUGGUAAACCAUACCUCAUAUAUUUCCAAGAAGGAACAACACAGCACCUUGUACCGUUUCUUCAUUUGUCAAAAGCCAAUGAGGGACCUCUUGAACCAACAGGUUAUAAGGUUAUUUUCAAAGGACAAGAUUUGUACAUGAUUGGUGGUGAAUAUUUGCUAGGUUAUGGCAAUUGGAAUCAAUCUAUUUGGAAAUAUGAUCUAAUCAGGGAGAUGUGGAACUUUGAAACAAGCAUAGCUACCCCACGGAGACAUCACUCAGUCUGCUGCCUGGAAGAUGACAUAUAUAUCAUUGGCGGUUUUGGUCGACAUCGUGUUAUAAUGGAUUCUGUUGAAAAGUACAAUGUUGGGACAAAAUGCUGGAGUCGUUGUGCCUCGUUGCCCCAUAACUUAUACUCUGCAGCGUGCUGUGCAUACAAAGGCCAGAUAUUUGUAUUCGGACCUCAAGUAUACUUCUACGACCCAAGUUCUGAUAAGUGGUUCAUCAUGCCAGAAGCAGCACUUCCACCAGGCAUAGCUUUUAACUGUGCUAUGCCACAUGGUGAAUGGAUAUACCUCACUGGCACGUACUUCAGGGAACUUGUUCGAUUUUCUCCACAUUUCAGUGUUACUGACGUCGAUGGCCGGAAUUCAAGGUUUGAGACUCUUGGCUACUUUUGCCACAACACAUCCAACACUUGUCUUGUGCACAAUGUCAUUUACUCAUUCUCCACUGAUGAAGAUGGCAAUAUGUAUGUAGAAGCUUACUCAAUCACUGAAGGAAUGUUCAGUGUGUUAUGGAAUGGUCAUUCAAAUACAGAAGAUAGUAAUGGUGUAUCUGACUUUAGUCCAAAACAUAGUAUUGGUUGUUUCCCCUUAAUAAAAUAUUAAGUGAAUUUACUGGAAUUGG